GUGAUUUUGAUGGGAUUCUGUUUCGAUGAACUAGUUUUGUUUAUUUGCUUCAGUUUUUUCCAAUUUUGUUUUGGACAUUUAACCAGUGCUGGAUAUGGCUCAAGAAGCUAUUGUCAUGGUUCUCUAGCCUCUUUUGAGGAUAGUGGAGUAAUUGAGCAAUUUGGUCCCGAGCCAAAUUGCUUGAUGGGCAAUGACAGUAGCUCUUUGGUGGUUAUUUCUUUGCCUGGUUUUAUAUCUCAUUUUAUGAUGAGCUUUAGUCGGUAAACUACUGAACUUGUUUCAACUUUGUGAAUUUUGAGCAGCUUUUCUUCGUAUUCCCGUUCCCUUCUCACAUUUCGUUUCGCAACACGUCACUUUUGGCUGUUCUCCUCAAUCUUAUUUAAUAGUAGGGCCUUCGUGU